AUGACGGAAGCGCGCUUUUCGGGUUCGAUCGGAGUGAAGCGCAUGCGCAUGUUCGAGUCCAAGGGCAACUUCAACGUAGACGUCAGGGGGUUUCCCGACAAGAGUCUCAAGAUGCUGAACGACAAGAGGCGGCACAGCCCCGACAAGUUCGCCGUAGCGUACCAGCAGCUGGCCGAGACGAUCAAGGUGGGCGACACAGAGAUCGGCAUCCGCAAGGGCGUGAACCUGCCCGACCUCAUCGUGGAGCUGCCGGCGCUGUCGGAGAAGGACAAGCGCGACCUGGAAUGGGACGUGGAGCUCGACAUCGACUUCAUCGCGGCGUCCUUCAUUUGUAAGGCCAGCGACGUGCACGAGAUCCGCGCGUUCAACUUCGAGGAGAUCCUCGAGGCCUCGGGCGGCAUCAGGUGCGUGGAGGUGACCGCCCAGCACGUGCUGGCGUACCAGAAGAUGGUGGUGAGCCGCUGCAACGCCGUGGGCAAGCCCGCGAAUGUAGCCACGCAGAUGCUCGAGUACACGCAGAACAACCUGCGCCUGACGCGCGCCAAGUUGGUGGCCACCAUGAACAUGGCCGUCAAGGAGGCCAACGACCUACUGCUGCAGCCCACGUACCGCACCAAGUCCCAGUUCGACUUGCGCACGUCGGCCGUCAAGACGGCCAAUGAGAUGCACGUGCAGCUCUAA